AUGGAAUUUUGGAAUGCUACCACCAUCAUGGAGUUCCAACUCCUAGGCUUUCAGAGCAUCUCUGAGUGGCAAAAUUUCCUCUUUGUCAUCUUCUUGUUCUUCUACAUUCUGACUGUAAUUGGUAAUAUUGUAAUCAUUGUAGUGGUGACCCAGGAUCACCGUCUACAUUUACCUAUGUAUUCCUUCCUCAAAAACCUUUCUUUUUUGGAGAUCUGGUACACUACCACCAUCAUUCCUCUUCUCUUGGCCAAUCUGCUCUUCCAGGGCUUACCUAUCUCUUUCUCAGCAUGCAUGAUCCAACUUUACUUUUUUGUUUUCUUUGGGGCUACUGAAUGCUUUCUCCUGGCCAUGAUGGCUUAUGACCGUUAUCUAGCUGUCUGUAACCCUCUUCACUACUCUACUCUAAUGAGCUCUGAGGUUUGCAACAAGUUGGUGGUGGGAUCCUGGAUGACUGGGAUUGGUAGCGGCUUUCUGCCUGCCUUAAUGAUAUCCAAAUUGAAUUUCUGUGGACCAAACCAAAUAAAUCACUUUUUCUGUGACCUACCACCCCUAAUGCAGCUUUCUUGCUCCAGUCCAUUCAUCACUGAAAUUGCAAUCUUCAUCCUGUCAAUUGCUGUAUUGUGUAUUUGUUUUCUUCUUACUCUGGUCUCCUAUGUAUUCAUAGUGUCAUCAAUCUUGAAGAUUCCUUCAGGCUCUGGUCGGAUGAAGACAUUCUCUACAUGUGGUUCCCACUUGGCUGUAGUCACUAUCUACUAUGGGACCAUGAUUUCCAUGUAUGUUCGCCCCAAUGCCCAUCAGUCACCUGAACUCAACAAGAUCAUUUCUAUAUUUUACACAGUAGUUACACCCCUACUAAAUCCUGUCAUUUAUAGUCUGAGGAACAAAGACUUCAAAGAGGCUCUUGGAAAAGUCCUCAAAAGGAAGUGUGUUAUGUACAGUGUGUGAGUAAAAAGGUAUAUUACUUUGUAACACAGAGUCCUUGAGGGCAGGGCCAUCUUUUAUCUCUUUUUGCAUACUGAGCAUUUAGCACAGUGCCUGGCACAUUGCAGGUUCUUAAUAAAUGUUUAAUGAUUGAUUUAAAGAAAGUGAAGGUGAACAAGAGAAACUUAAAUGACUAGUCACUUAAAACAACAUGAUGAUAACCAGAGAACCUUUCCUUCUUGGAUAAAUGUUUAUUCAGAUGUCCCUUCCAAUCGGAAACUCUUCAAAGACUAUAUAGCAUAUACAGAAGAAGAAAGAUCUCUCUGAGUGGAGAGAACUUUCAUACUGAUAAAAUCACAAAUCCAUACCAAAAACGUUGAUGUAUUUCACUUUGUGAGUUUACAUUUAUACAUCUCACAGGUACUAGAACACCUUGGAGGGGAAUACAAUAUUUCUAAAUAGAGUGAACUUGAUCUCUAUAGCACUUAUUAAAAUAGUUGUCCUAGCUGACAGAAAAAAAGCAAGGAAAUAUUUGUGGAAUAAUACCUUAGAAUUUUAGGACUUUGGAGAUAGAAGGCAUUUGGGAAUUCAGACAAUAGACUUAGAAUCAAAAGAUUUGGGUUUAAAAGUUUUAAUUUAUACUUGAUUAGCUACCUGCAUGAUAUAACUAAGCAAGUUGCUAAAACAAAGCCAAUUUCAUCUGUGGAAUUAGGUAACUGUGACUUAGAAGGCAGCAAGUGAUUUUAUCUUCUGAGUUCAAAUCUGAUCUCAGACACUGACUGAG